AUUUUGAAGAAUUUUACAUCUGUUCAUCUGUCCUAUGUGGAAUUGAAGCAGAUGGGCCAGCAGCAGAUUGGAAGUUACCCUGUUCACUUUCACCUUUGUGGGGACGUAGAUGAAAAAGGAGGUUAUAGUUUUAAGACUUACCUGGAAGGUCUUUCCAUUCAUCACUGUUUUUCCAGAUGUGUGACUGUUCAUGGAACUAAUGGCUUGCUGAUAAAGGACACCAUUGGCUAUGACACACUAGGUCACUGUUUCUUCACAGAAGACGGCAUUGAGCAGAGGAAUACUUUUUUCCACAACCUUGGGCUAGUCACGAAACCAGGCACUCUUCUUCCUACAGAUAGAAACAGCAGCAUGUGUAUUGGUAUUAGGGAUAAAGUGUAUGGAAGUUAUGUCCCAGUGCCAGCCACAGACUGCAUGGCAGUUUCGACGUUCUGGAUUUCUCAUCCCAACAAUCAUCUUAUAAAUAAUGCAGCAGCAGGUUCACAGGAUGCUGGAAUAUGGUAUUUGUUCCACAGGGUUGCUACAGGAGAUUCUCAUAGCUUAGCCAUUGAAACCAAGUCAGAGCUUACACCCCUAGGAAUCUUCUAUAACAACAGGGUUCAUUCAAAUUUUAAGGCUGGUUUGUUCAUUGAUAAGGGUGUUAAAACAACUAAUGCUAGCGUUGAUGAUCCCAGAGAAUAUCUUUGUUUGGACAACAAUGCAAGGUUUCGACCUCAUCAAGAUGCAGACCCUGAAAAGCCCCGAGUUGCUGCCCUGAUUGACAGAUUAAUCUCUUUCAAAAACAAUGACCAUGGGGCUUGGGUCAGGGGAGGAGAUAUCCUCAUUCAAAACUCUGGGUUUGCAGACAAUGGAAUAGGUUUGACAUUUGCUAGUGAUGGGAGCUUCCCAAAUGAUGAAGGUGCCAGCCAGGAGGUAUCUGAGUCACUGUUCAUAGGUGAAAGCAAGAAUUAUGGGUUUCCAGGCGGCCAAAAUAAAUAUGCUGGAACUGGAGGAAUAGACAACAAGACACGCACUCUGCCUAGAAAUCGGACAUUUCCAAUCAGAGGCUUUCAAAUUUAUGAUGGACCUAUUCACCUCACCAAGUGCACAUUCAAAAACUUUGUGCCAACUCCAGACAGAUUUACCAGUGCAGUUGGAUUCUUGAUGAAAAAUCCAUGGCAGAUGACACCAAAAAACAACAUUUCUCUUGUGAAGUUUGGUCCAAAUGUUUCGUUGAGAGCCUUCUUUGGAAAACCUGGUCCCUGGUUUGAAGAAGGAGAUCUGGAUGGUGAUAAGAACUCGAUAUUCCAUGAUCUAGAUGGUUCAGUGACUGACUACAAGGAUACCUAUGUGGGCAGAAUGGAUAACUAUUUGAUUCAACACCCCAAAUGCAUUAAUAUUACAGAAUGGAAUGGAGUGGUUUGCAGUGGGACCUAUGCACAGGUUUAUGUCCAAACCUGGAACGGACAGAAUCUUUCCAUGACUAUCGUACGAGAUGAGUACCCAGCCAAUCCCAUGGUUCUGCGAGGUAUUAAUCAGAGAGCUGUCUUUCAACAAUACCAGCCAGUGGUGAUGCUCCAAAAGGGCUACACGAUACAUUGGAAUGGAAAAGCUCCAAACGUCACCUAUCUUUAUCUCAUUAACUUCAACAAGAAUGACUGGAUUCGAGUUGGUCUUUGUUAUCAACCAAAUACGGAUUUUGUUAUAGUAUUGGAAACCUUUCAAAGACGGUCAUCUGCUCUGUCAAGCAAGGUAGAGCGCUACAUGCCUGUAUCUUCAAUGGCGGAGCUCGAAAAGAAUCGAUCGGAGAAGAAGUUUUACUUUGACAACAGUACUGGAUUACUGUUUUUAUUUCUUCAAGCCAAAUAUAAUAGGGAUGGUCACAGUUAUUGCUCAUCUCAGGGAUGUGAAAGGAUCAAGAUUGUGACCAAAGAUUCAGCAAAAGGGAUCAGUAACUGCAUGGCAAAAGCUUACCCAAAGUACUACCAAGGACCAACUGUCAUAAAGCGGAUGCCAGUCAAAACUACUGUACCAUGUACAAAAUGUGGCACAACUCAGAUGGUAUUCACCAGCGAUCCUCACAAAAACUACCUCCUUGUGCAGAUUAAUUCGUCUGGUAAAAAAGAGUUAAGCAGAGGUCAGCAAGCAUUUAUUUCUGUCAAUGACACUAUGUUUUCCUUCAAGGAUAAUGGUAUACUUAUUGUUGUAGUUGAUGCCUGCAUUGGCAUGGUGUUGGAAAAGAGAUUAUUUUCUGGAGUAGACAUUAAGCAUGUGGAUGGAUAUUUAAAAUCUGGAAUUCCACAAAGGUCUAUCGUUCUACUGAGCACAAGAGGUGAUGUAGCAAUUCCUAGUAAUUUAUCCGAAGCCUUAAUGUCUCUGGGGACAGCCAAACCGCCUUAUCUUCAGAGCUACGGAAGCCUGGCCUUUCUGGGCUUCAGAGGAAAUUUUAAGCCGUCCUGGAUUAAGCUGUUUACUGGUCCUGCUGGGCAUGGGCUCGUUCAGAUAGAAAAGUAUAUCCCUCUACAACUGGAAGAGUAUGGCUGUGCCAGAGCAAUCAAAAGCCGACGGAAAGACCUCGAGCUUCUGAAGAAGGCUAUACGAUCUCAUUAA